UCACAUACGGUUAGAAUUUAGAUUGUUAGUAAGUUAAGUCAUGAACGCGAACUUUUUGCCACUUUUAUGAUUUUAUCCUUGGUUUUACCAUUUUUUGGUAGCCAUGGUUAAUUUCAACCGAGCUCCCUAAUAGUCUAAGUGAAGUGAUCAAUUCCAAUCAUUUCAAUAUGAUUUCAUCUUCCUAAGGAUAGGUGCGAAUUUACGAGGAACAACUCUACAACCCACACUCCCCAGCGCUAAUUCUCAUUUCUGUCUCUGACGCGAGUUUCGAUAAUCUUGCGCGCUCAGCUUGUGGAGUGAACCGAUCGCACAUCGACGCGGCCAUGUAUCACUAUGCCAGCGCUCCUCCUGAGUACUCCGGCGCCCCGCCAGACUACGGGGUGGCGACGGGGUCCUCCCCCGCCCCCCUGACGGCGGUUGGCCUGCAAGCGGUGGACUUCCUGCCGCGCAUGACGGCGGAAGACGGGCCCUCCAACCGCCCCGAAUACGAGCAGUUUGGUGUCCUGGUCGAGCGGGCCAACCGCUUCCUGCGCGACAAUCCCCACUUCUCCGUCAACACCUGCGAGAGUGUGGAGUUUCGCGUCUACAAUCGUGGAUACGAAAUCGACACGGUGGAGUCUGUCUUCACUGCUUACGGGGAAGCGAACAACCGGUACAUCCGUGGUCUGCGUCUGUGGACGCAGUACCGGCAUUCGUCGAUGCCGGCGAGCGAGCCGGAGCAGAUCGGCUACCUCAACUUCCUCCCAGACAUUCAGAACAGUGAGCUGGUGGAGCGACUGGACCACGUGGUACAGCGCAUCAAUCGAACCCCUAUUAAAGGAACGAUCAUCACGGUGGAGACACAGCCGGUUAAAUGGGGCAGCAAAGCAUUGGACCCAGACCGCACAAUCUGGACGGAGCGGGGUUCCGCCAGUGAGCGCUUCGUGAAUCUCAUUCGUAUCUUCUACAUCCGCGGUCCCGUCGAACAGUCACAAGUAGGUUUAGCGGAUUUUGUGCCGCAGAAGCUGGAAGAUGGCGGCACUUUUUCCAACCCACGCAUGGAGACCUUUUCGACCGUGAUGCAGCGUGUCCGGCAGUGGUUGCUGUCGGUUCCGCCCAACUACCGCCCUGUCAACGUUCAAACAGUAAUGUUCCGUUGGAGCUACAAUAAAGGCGUCGACACCAAGGAUAUGAUGUACCACGAGAACAAGAAACACCUGAAUUAUCUUCGGUUUUUGCGGGUAGCAUACGUUAUAGAGAAACCGGACAGUGGUCCUGUGUCACGUUCAACCAUCCAGUUAGGUUCCAAACUGAUUGUUCCAGAGAUGGCGCAGCAACCAGGGUUUUUCGAUAAGGGCACGUUUGAAUCUCAGGAGUCGUGUCGUCGGCGUGUGGAUCAGUGGGUAAAAGCGGCGGGGGCGCGCGUCGUCUCGGCAGAGACGCUGGUGAUGCGCAUCGCCGGUGGUGGAGAGUCCGUGUACGGCUUCGAUGCCAUGCACACCUGGAACGACACGCAUCAGACGCGUUCGGGCAACAGUAGCUCCACGAAGCGGGACGAUGAACGCUUUGUGUAUCUGUACCGGAUUUACACCGACGGGAUUGUGCCGGAAACCGGUGGCAUGGUCAGGGAAUCGCGGUUAGAGAACUAUACGACACAGACGGAUAGCGGCGAAGGUUGUGCGAUUGCCUGAUAUUUUCGCGUUAUGUUUGAGAAUCUUCGUUAUUCAUGCGUGCUUUCUCCAGGUUUUUUGUGGGCUUUUUUUGCUAAAAUUAUACAGACCAAUUGCACCCAAUGACUAGCUGCGUUCUGGUUCAAAAUGUUUUAUUUGUAGUAUAUAAACGUUCCAUAUAAUUAUGUGAUCCGCGCUGGCUUGUGCUAAUAAAAUUAAUUAUGUGAUUAUCUCAG